AUGUGCUUUGGAUUGAUGGACCAGGACCAUUGUAAUGACUCCAUUCAAAACCAAGCACAUAUGUCCAUUGAUCUGGAACAUUAUGUGUAUUCAUCAUUCCGUCGUUCAUCUUCUUGGGGUCUACAUCCAAAUGUAACAUGGUCAGAGAGACCAGACAGCUUGUUGCUCACUGUUGACGUAGCAACACAAAACCAAUUGAAAUGGGAUGUCAAGCCAACACACUUCACAUUCUCUGCCACUCAAGGUGACAAGAAGUACGAGGUGGACAUUGAACUCUACAAAGAGGUCAUCCCCGAGCAAUGCAAAAUCGCCAUCGACAUGAGACUUCCCACCUUCCUCUUCAAGAAGAAAGACACUGGUUACUGGAACUACCUUUUGGCCAACAAAGCCAAGUCAAGAUUCGUCACUAUCGACUGGGCAACAUGGAAGGACGAGGAUGACCUGGACGAUGACGAAGAGGAGGGAGGCAAAGGCCAGGGCAUGUUUGACCCAAGCAAGUUUGCUGCCAUGGGUGGAAUGGGAGGCAUGGGCGGCAUGGGUGGCAUGGGCGGUAUGGACUUCUCAUCGAUGGGCAUGGAUGAUGACCUCGAGGGUGAGGAAGACGAGCAUGACGAGCAUGACGAGCAUGACGAUCACGAUGGACAUGGACACAGUCACGGAGAUGGACAUGGUCACUCUCAUGGCGGCGGUCAUGGUCACUCUCAUGGCGGCGGUCAUGGUCACUCCCAUGGACACAGCCACGGAGGAGAGGAUGAGGAGGAGGGCAAGGAGAAACCAGAGAAGGACGACAACAUCAACUCUGUUGACUAA